CUGGUGCUUGGACGGAGCUGCUGCCGCUCAGAUCAACGGUGGCCACAAAAUAAGGACAUGACUUCUCUCUUCAACAUGGAGGCAGCAGCAGAUUUCAGACAGCAGUGCUGCAGCUGUGACGCCUCCUCAGCCAGGUGUUGGUGUGUGGACUGUAAUGAAGCUCUGUGUGACAUCUGUGUGUCGGCUCAUCGCAGAGUGACGGUGACAAGAUCACACCGGAUCCUCAACCAGCCGCCAGCAGGCGGCGUCUCGACUCCUCCCACCAAGUUCUGUAGACUCCACCCGUCUGAGCCGCUCAAACUCUACUGCUUCACCUGUAACCAGCUCACCUGUCGAGACUGUCAGCUCACGGCUCACAUGAACCACAGGUAUCAGUUUGUCAGGGAAGCGUUGCACACUUUGAAGAAGCAGCUAGAGGUCAGAGUUCAGCCAAUCAGAGCGCAGGGAGAUAGAGUGAGCCGGAUUCUGCUGGACAUGGAGACCAGGCUGCAGGACAUCGCUAACAGUCAGUCUUGUCUGAAGACGGAGCUGCAGCAGUCGUACACCGUCUUAAUUCGACAUCUGAAGAUGAGGAUGGUAGAGAUUUUGAAACAGGUCGAGAAGGUGUGUGAGUUGGAGUAUGAGUGGAUUCAGAGGAGGAUGAGGAGGAUGAAGCAGCUGAUGCAGAAACAACAGGCUGUGACUGAAAUAGCAGAGAAAGCCAGAAACACCAGCGACCUGUUGGCCCUGUGGACCUACACCACUCAGGUUGAGUCUCAGCUGAAGAACCUUCCUGAUGAGGACUUGUCUCCUCCUCAGACCAUGUCUGAGCUGAAGGUCGUCACUGACCACUCGUCUCUGGAUGCCGUUGUGAACUUUGGUGCACUUCAGGUUUUAUGGGUCCCCUUCGCUGUCUCACAAACCUCUAAUCAGAACACUCCAGCCGGUUUCUCAUCGUACCCGUCCACCCCCGCCUGUCCUGAUCCCACCUACAGACCCCUCCCCCAAACCAGGACCACCAGGGACUCACCUGUCCCAGUCAGCUCAUCCUCUACAUCGUCCAGCCAGCUGUGUCCUUUGUCCUUCACCGUCACUCCAACUACCUCCACCUGUCCUGCACCGUCCCGUAGGACUGACUCACCUGCUCCAGUCACCUGUCCGUCUACUUCAUGGAAGUCCUCGUUGAGUGUCAACCAAUCCAAUGCUCCCUUCGCCACCACCGCUGCAGUUACCUCCGCGGUCCAACAUCCGUCUUCCACGUUGUCUCAGCUGGAGAAGAAUAGCCCAGGACAGGUGCCUCAGCCUUUCAGCGCUCCUCUACCCCCAUCAGCAGGUCCGUCUUCGGUCCUCCAACCGGUCCAGCCCUCACUGGUUCUGAACCAACCGACAGCCCCACAUAAGAACCAGUCCACGGCCGCCCCGCUGAACAUUACUCAGACGGUGUACCAGGUGUCCUGCCUCCCGCCUGCCGUACCUCAGUUUCCUAUGCUGCUCAGUCAGGCCUCACCUGGAAACACCUGGCCUAAACAGAAGUACCUGAUGGGAAAUGUCAUCCCAGGAUGGUUGAGUCCAGCCUCAGUCAGUAGUAAAAUACCUCCUGCGGCCACCACAGGAAACCAGAUCUCUGUCGGACCGAGUCAAACGGUGCUGCAUCCACCUCCAACAAGCAGCCCUCCGUCCUCCACCCAGCGCCUCGACCCUGAUACUGAUCCAGGUCCUCACUCCUCUUCUCUGGAUCAACAGCAGCAGAGUCCAGUGGUCAGGGCGGUGGCGGACUCCGCCUGUGAUUGCAGCGUACAGCAGGCCGCCGCCCGGCAGCCGGAACCAGCAGAGAACGAACCCACCUCCACCGUGUCUGAAGAACCUGCAGGGAAACCGUCUGCACCCGAAGAACCAGAACCAGAACCUGUGGUAUUAGACAAGGAGGUUGAGGAACCAGAACCUGAAGUAUCAGACAGUGAAGGUGGUGAACCAGAACCAGAACCUGAAGUAUUAGACAAGGAGGCUGAGGAACCAAAAUCUGAAAUAUCAGACAGUGAAGGUGGUGAACCAGAACCAGAACCUCAAGUAUCAGACAAGGAGGUUGAGGAACCAGAACCUGAAGUAUCAGACAGAGACGUUGAAAAACCAGAACCUGAAGUAUUAGACAGUGAAGGUGACAAACUAGAACCAGAACCUUUAGUAUCAGACAGUGAAGGUGACGAACUAGAACUAUUAGUAUCAGACAGUGAAGAUGACGAACUAGAACCAGAACUUUUAGUAUCAGACAGUGAAGGUGACGAACUAGAACCAGAACUUUUAGUAUCAGACAGUGAAGGUGACGAACUAGAACCAGAAUCUUUAGUGUCAGACAGUGAAGGUGACGAACCAGAACCAAAACCUGGAGUAUCGGACAGUGAAGGUGACGAACUAGUACCUGGAGUAUCGGACAGUGAAUGUGACGAACUAGAACCUGGAGUAUCGGACAGUGAAUGUGACGAACUGGAACCUGAAGUAUCGGACAGUGAAGGUGACGAACUAGAACCUGAAGUAUCGGACAGUGAAGGUGACGAACUAGAACCUGGAGUAUCGGACAGUGAAGGUGACGAACUAGAACCUGGAGUAUCGGACAGUGAAGGUGACGAACUAGAACCUGAAGUAUCGGACAGUGAAGGUGACGAACUAGAACCUGGAGUAUCGGACAGUGAAUGUGACGAACUAGAACCUGAAGUAUCGGACAGUGAAGGUGACGAACUAGAACCUGGAGUAUCGGACAGUGAAUGUGACGGACUAGAACCUGGAGUAUCGGACAGUGAAUGUGACGAACUAGAACCUGAAGUAUCGGACAGUGAAGGUGACGAACUAGAACCUGGAGUAUCGGACAGUGAAUGUGACGGACUAGAACCUGGAGUAUCGGACAGUGAAUGUGACGAACUACAACCUGGAGUAUCGGACAGUGAAUGUGACGAACUAGAACCUGGAGUAUCGGACAGUGGAUGUGACGAACUAGAACCAGAACUUGAAGUAUCGGACAGUGAAGGUGACGAACCGGGCUUGGUGAUUGGAGAGUCAGUCAGCAGUCUGAGCCAAUGGCAGCCCAGCGUGGUUCUGUUCAGGCUGCCUGUGUCUUCGCCCCGACCCGGUUGUCCCCUGCCUUGUUUCAGUUUGGUCGCCGGUGAUGAUGAAGAUGAGUUUUACCUGAAAGAGAUCCAGGACACCCAGUCACAUGCAGGUGACGUCACAGAUGACACCAUCACCGAGCUGCCGUCGUCACCGUCAUCACCGUCAUCACCUGCGACUCUGGUGAUCGUCACCUGCUCCGCCUGUCGAUCAGCCAACAGUUCAAUCAUCUGUUCGUUCUGCGGUCGAGGAUACCACCGAGACUGUCACCUUCCUCCUGUUGGACCAGACCUCAGGUCGGAGUGGAUGUGCUCGCUGUGUCAGGACCUGUCAGACCCCUCAGACCCCUUCAGCUCCGACAGACCACCAAGACCUCACAGUCCCUGUCUCAGUCUGCAGGACCAGAGGAGGUGUGAGAGUCUGCUGCUGUACAUGAAGGUUGAAGGCUGCCCUCGUCUUCCUCAGUGUCAGCUGACCGUGAUGUCGGAGCGUCUGACUCUCUGUCGCUCUCCUUGCUAUCGAACAGCUGCAGAGUUCCUCUCUGACAUCUGGAGUCUGUUUAAAGACGCCUCAGAGGACGACGACGUUCUGAUGAGACUGCAGGAGAGUCUUCGCUGCCGCUGGAUCGGAGGUUUAGGUCCAGAGCUGAGAAACACUGAUGGAGGGAAACAUGCCGUCGCACAGCCGUUCACCUCCGACAUGUCGGACGCAGAACAGGCCGCUGAGCACUUCAAGGGGUCAAAGGUCAAAAUGGAGGAAGAGGAAGUGGCCGUCACCAGCGAAUCCAAAAUGAAGGAGACGAGGAAGAGGCUGAGAGCGCUUCUGCAUCUGGUGGAAUUGGCACGAUCCAAGAGGGCGAAGACGGACAAGAUGGCGGAGAGACAAAACCCUUGAUGAUGUGACAUCAUCACCUGGGGAUUCUGGGAACUGAAGUGUUGAACUGUUUCCUGUCACGUGAAACUGCAAAAUGUUGAUUUUAUUGACUUGACUUUUAUAUUUGUUCCUCUCUCUUAAUAGUUUUGUGUGAUAAACAUAAUUUUUUUAAUAUUUGUAAGAAUUUUUUAUAUCAUGUUUACGAACAAGUUAAUGACACAUAAUGUAGUAUGAGCAUCAUAAUAUUUUACAACGUUACUACUAAUAGACCCUUUUAGUGUGGACGUCAUGAUGACGUCACGGUGUUAGCUGGAGGCUAAACAAAGGAAAGACUGGAGGCUAACACUAGCAGUGGACUAAAGUUACACAUCUAAAAUGUCAUCUUGUUGUGUUGUUGGGUGCCAGAAUCCAGAUAUCACAUACAUUUGAGAUGACAAACUGUGAUUCGAGGCUCUAGCGAGCUACAAUAUUGGAGAAACGUUUCAGAGGAGAGUAAAUGUUGUUAAUAUUUUGCCUUCUGCUAACAGCAGCCGUUAGCCUCUAGUGGGCGCCAACUGGACUCCAGACAUGUUUCCAGCAUCAUUAACUGGUGUCACUGGAGGCUUUUUCUCUUAAAUCAACACGUUAGUUGAUAAAAACGGGUCUAAAUAUUUAAUAAUUGGAACAUUUCUGGUUCACCAUGUUUCAGACGACAGACGAGUUUAUUUUUAUAACAUCACUUUCUAAGUGCUGCGAUAUUCAGUAAAUAAAUACAUAUUUAUACCUGCA